AAUUCAUCCAAGCCAAUGGAAUGACAGGUACAAUUGACAAAUUUUACCCGGAUCUUCUCUUUGAAUUAUAUCAAAUGUUAAUGUACGAUUGUUCAGCAAUUUGUAGUUCUCUUCUUUCACUAUUAUUUUGGCUUGCCGAAUUUAGGCUCCAGCGAGUAAGAGCUCUAGGCUUUAAUGCCAUUCAGUAUUACAUCCCAUGGAACUUUCACGAAAUCCGCGAAGGAGAGUACGACUUUUCGGACUGGCGCAAUUUUACGGAAUUCUCUCGAUUAGCUUACGAUUUGGGAAUGUAUUCCUUAGUGAGAGUGGGACCUUACGUCUGUGCUGAAUGGGAGAAUGGAGGACUGCCAUGGUGGCUUUUAAAGAAAAAUAUCACGAAGAUGCGAACCAGUGAAGAAGGAUUCAAGGAAGCCGUUAAAAAAUGGUUCUCAGUGCUUCUCCCAAAAAUUGAGCCGCUUCUUCGACAACACGGUGGACCAGUGCUGAUGAUUCAAGUUGAAAAUGAAUAUGGAAGCUAUGACGCUUGUGACAGGUUUAGGGAAUACACAGCUUGGUUGCGAGACCUCUUCUUAGAAUAUCUCGGCGACGAAACAGUGCUCUACACAACUGACGGAGGCUCAAUCUCCUAUCUCAAAUGUGGAGCUAUACCUGAAACUCUCACUACCGUUGAUUUUGGACCAACAUCCGAAAAGAAUAUCAAUGCUUCGUUUGAAGCACAGAGG